AUGGCACCAUCCACCAGAAAUGCAGCCCAUCGUGGUGCAACCAAUACUGGCACUCAUGGAUCCACAGUGUCUGGCAGCUAUGUCAUGCGCACACGCAGUGGUAUUGCUAUCAACCCCCCCGCCGAACAAAAAAAUAAGCGCAAAAGAAAUGCUGUCCAGGAGUUCUCUCCUGUUCCGGAUGACCGUAACCGGCCAAAACCUCGUCCUCUCCCCCGACGUUCCUCGAGCAUGAGCUUUGAAGACUAUGCUAAAAUCCUUGCUCGCCCUCGCAAACAAAACAUAAAUUCUUCAGCGGGCUCCGUCUCUUCUGGAAUUCAGUUGCAAAGCGACCAUUCCCCAGAUCCAUCUGUCAUCGACGAUGACGUGCUGGUUACGGACUCUCGCAUGGAUGAAGAUGAUGAUAUGAACCGCAGUAGCGACAAUGAUGCUCAUGACGAUAACAGUAACGAAGACCGUGAAGACAGCGAGGCUAACGAAGACGAGGAUGAGGAUAAUGAUGGCUCCAUACAUGAAAAGACUUCACCAGACAGCAUAGAAGGCGAUAGCGACAACGACGCCAAGGAUGUCGACGAAGAGCCUGAGGGUGCCGGUGAGGAGUUUGAGGAUGCUGAUGAAGAGCCUGAGGACGCUGAUGAAGAGCCUGAGGAUGCCGAUGAAGAGCCUGAGGAUGGCGAAAAUAACGAGGACCUCGAGACUCCGCUAGCCAGGAGACUUCGGCCCCGAAGGGCCAAGACGGGCAACUACAAUUUAAGUUUCGACCAUGGUCCUCAAACCUCUUCAUCGGAUACCAGCUACCGUGAAGGCCCCGCAACAUCCGAUCAAGGUUCCUCCCAUGAGUCAGAUGCAGGCGAAGACCUCGACCUCGACCACCACAGCCCGUCUUCCCCGCCUACUAAGCGCAGGAAGAAGUCUUCAGCAACUACUCGCUCGACAACCGUUCGCACGAAGCAUGUUAAUGCAUCUAUUCCACAUGGCAGCAACCCCACUCCAGCCAGUAUAGUCUUUGGCCCUACGCCGGACAUUGACCCCAGUGAGAAUGAAGAAGAACUCUCAGGCCAUUUAAAACGUGGCCGGCUAUGUCAAGAGGGCAUCAGUGAGGCUCAGGCACUUGGAGAGAAAACAGCAGAAGAAGCUCGGGUGAUUGGCGCCAAGUAUGGCAAGUCCGCGCGCGCUAUUCUCAUUGAGGCUGGUCUGUCCAUCAAGCAUUCACGAUCAGAAUCUGAUUGGAAUGCCCACCAACGCUGGUUCAUGGAUAAUUACCCUCGCAAGGACAAAGAAUCUAUCAUCGACUGGAAAGAACGUCAACGCAAACACUAUCAUGCGAUGGGCAAGGAGAACGAACAGUGGGACAUAAUUCGCAACUUUAACGUUACUGGCGACAGUACCAAUCAAUCACGCGCCAAGACCAUCUUGUCAAUGAGGGAGGAUAUUGCAAGAAAGAUGUCUGCUUAUUCUCGCCUUGAAGGAGUUGAGGCCAUCGGCUGUAUAUUUGAUACAACACAAGACGAGGCUGCUCGACAGGCGUCUGGCUUUGUCGCGGGCUCCGACCUCAUAGUCAAGUUGAUCAAUGAGCAUCAACUGGAUGCUCGCUCAAUUUUAGAUUGGGUCGUGACCGCAACGAAAGCGCAAGGCUACAAUAUAUCCGUGCCGCAGUUUAUGGGGAGACUAGGGGCUUAUAAGAUUCUACUCUCAAAGCCAAACGAGGCUCCCCGCGACCAUUACAGGAGGAUAUGGCCAAUUAUGGUACUCGAGCACACUUCGAAGUUUGGGUAUCGACCCAAAGCAGUCCAGUGGCGGAAGCUUCUUGACUAUGCUUUCCAGUACAAGUUCAUGAUUAAUAACUGGCCUGACGACGUCCUCCCUAUUGGUCCCGAAUUCAAUCCUCACAACCUAAGUUCACAGCACCUCAAGCUACUCGUCGUUCCUUUCAUCAAGCGCAAAGCGCAUUCCUAUUACGAGGCGGAACUCCGCACUGAAGCUGAGAGCUUGUUCGAGAUAGAGAAAAAGAAGUCAAAGGGCAAGCACCGAGGUCAGGGCCGCACCGUGGAAGACGUCAUAAGUGAAUUAGACGUCGAUGUACCCGAGAUCGAGUUCGCAGCUUGGCCAGAUGAAUGUAUCAAGCAGCUCGAUGACAAGGUGCCGGAGAUGUUUGACAUUCCCUUGGUGACCAGUGCCUUGGAUGUUGUUCUACGCAAGCUGGUCGACUCUGCAAAAUUUAAGGUGUCUGUCCCUGAAGAUUUAUUAGCAGCUCAUGAAGCACAUCCGGAUACUCACGAAACGCUGCCAAGUGAUCAUGAAUCCCCUGUCACUCCGAGCCCCCCAACCUUGCCAUCAAACCAACGUCCCCCUACGAAUUUCUCAGCAGUACAUCGCCGCGAGGAAAAUUAUCUUCCUCAAGCGCCAGAUUUGUUUGAUCGUGAACCUCGCCCUGUUCUGCCUACGAGCAGAGAUGAACCCGUCGGCGGUGGAAGACAACAGACUAGCCUGCCGUUUAAGGCGAAGAAAGCUUUACGGGUCGACCCUACAUUCGUGCGCCACAUGGAGGAACGUCCCACUAAUUCUCGUAAUGACGCAGACAUGGAAAUUGAGCCCUACCCUCGUCGCGAGGACAGAAACUUUGUUGCUCCAAACCGCCGCCGUGAAUAUUCACGUUCACCUCCUGUCUACCCUGAGCGAGAUGGACCCUCUCGCACAAGGCACUAUCGGCCCACCCACAGACAACGUGAGACAUCUCCUGUCGGACAUAGCGAGGAUGAUUCAUAUCAUCGACGUCCUGCUCACUCACGCCGGCACAAUCAUGCUAAUGACUACAAUCAGAGGUUCCAAGUAAGGGGAGCUGGUGACUCUCAUUAUGAAGACGGACCUUCGCGGUUUCGCUACUAA